GUUGUGACUGGAAUCAGAUAUGAAGUUUAUUUUUAUGAUUCUUGUCAUCACCUCUGGUGAAAGUCGAACUUUGUGGGAGCCAGAAGUACCAAAACUUUUGGUACCAAUGCUUCAAAAAAGUCCCCCACUUCAGCUCAACCAGUCGUACCACCAGCUUGAAAUCGUGGAUAUUUCUGGAACGGUUUUUUCCCAUUCUUUCUCACAGCUUUACAAUGUGACUGAGCUUCGAAUAACUCACAGCGAAAUUAGAAAAAUUGAGUCUGGUGCUUUAUGUUCACCUCCAAAUUUGACAAUUUUGGAAUUAGAUUUAAGCAUGAACAGUGCACCACCACAACUGACCCAAAAUAUGUUUAAAAAUUGUGAAAAACUGGAUGAGCUUUUUUUAAAGUUUGAUUAUAACACGCCUUCAACAAUUGAAGAAAAUGCUUUGGAGGGUUUGUCCUUAAAAGUUUUUGGGGUUGAUAGUCUCGAAGUGAGACAUUUAAGAAAAAACUUUUUGAAGUUGAAUCCCAAAAAUUUGAGGAAGUUGUUUUUGUCUCAUAUUCACCUUACGAGUAUUGAUUCUGAUGUUUUUGAUGGUUUUUCCAAAUUGGAAGAAGUUGAAAUUGUCCAUAACCCGGAGUUGACCCAACUUUCAGUUGAUUUAUUUAAAAAUACAAGACUGAAACGGUUGAUAUUGCGUGAUAAUGGACUGGAUUUGACUUGGGAUGAACUGAAAAAUUUGACUUUUUUGGAAGAACUAGACGUAUUUGAUAAUCAAAUUAAAUAUUUUAAUGCCACCAAAAUUCAUACAAAUUUGCCAAACUUGAAGAAAUUCUUCAUGGAGUUAAAUUUACAAUCAUGUAAGACUGUAGAAAUUUCAAAAAAGGAAUUGAAAGAGAAGUAUCACAGUAUUGAAUUCCCAGAUGAACAUUUUUCCCAGUUUUGUGAAAGCAAGAAUUUACAUUUAUAA